AUGUCUUAUUAACCGAAGGGACUCAAUGCUAUAAGAUUAUCGUAGAUAAAUCAGACAAUUUUAAAGACGCGCAAAAGUUAAGAACACCCUUGUGACCUUUCUUCUGAAUACCAAUCAAGAAACAAUUCUAUCAAACACACCAGAGCUAUUACACAGCAUAAUUAAAGACUUAUGAAUGAAGAUGAAAUAUAAAAAAUGCAAAGACCUUAAACAUCCGAAGGAAGCAGACGUAAUAGAAUCUUAGAAAAGCAUGCCUAAAAUGGAAAUCUGAAUUCAAACUUAAAAUGUGAUAUACUAGAAUGUGAUAAUGAAGAUGAUCAUUUGUAUUAUAGUAUUCAUAAACAAUAGAGAUUACCAAUAGUAGUCAAAUUAUCAUGUUAUUUGCAACUCUAAUAACACUAAUAGGAGCGCAUAACCCAAAGUUCCAUUUUAGACUACUCUCGAUCAAGAUUUUUUAAGUUUGUUUGCAAAUGAUUGA